AUGCUUAGGGAAGUAAAACCGAAGAAUCCGCGCACAGCGCGACUUCUCAAAAAGAAAGAGCCCAAGCUCAUCGAACCUCCGAAACGCACACUUCUCCUCCAUGGCUCAAAAUGCCCUGUUGCACUCAACACAGUUCUGAAAACAAUCCACGGCCUCACAAACCCCAACUCUGUCCUGUUUCAUAAAAAGAAUGGCGAUAUUCGUCCCUUUGAGAGCACGGAAAGCAUGGAAUUUUUGGCCGACAAGAACGAAUGCGGUAUUGUCGUGUUCGGCAGCAGCAACAAAAAGCGACCGAAUUGCAUUACGCUCGCCCGGAUUUACAAUACUAAAGUUAUGGAAAUGUUUGAACUUUUAUUACUGCCUGGCGCCGAAGGGGACUCGAUUCCUACACCCAAUGCUUUGAAAUUUAACAUCGGCAUUGGAAUGAAACCUAUGGUCCUGUUCGCAGGGAGUGUAUGGGAGGACAACACGUCUGGAACAUACGCCAUGAUUAAAAGCGUAAUGUUGGAUAUUUUCAAAGGAGAGGAAACCGACAAGAUCGACGUUGAAGGGUUACAGUUCCUCAUGAUGGUUUCUGCCGAAGAACCCGCUGAGCAAGGAUUAUCGCCCAUUGUACACCUGCGAUGGUACAAGACUCUCACAAAGCGCAGUGGACACAAGCUCCCCCGCGUCGAGCUCGAAGAAAUAGGUCCCAAAUUCGACUUCAAGGUCGGCCGUGUUCGUGAGGCAGACCCGAAUGUCAUGAAAGAAGCCAUGAAACAGGGCAAGCGCCCCAACGAAGAACCCAGGACGAAGAAGAAUAUCUCCAUGGACUCCAUCGGUGACAAGAUUGGUCGUGUGCAUCUCGGCAAGCAGGAUCUCGUCAACCUGCAAACGCGCAAAAUGAAGGGUCUCAAGAGGAGGGCAGGCGUAGACACGGACUCAGACCGUGACGACGAUGAGCCAUCGAAUUACGGAUCCGAAGUGAGCGAAGAGAUCGAUUUCAUCGACGAGGAUGCUCCGUCGGACGAGGACAUGAUGGACGUGGACGAGGGCGCCGGUGCUGACAAGGGGCGCAAUAAAAAGCUAAGACUUGCAUGA